AUGAGUAGCCAUCGAACCUACGCGGAUGAUCUGUUCCCACAAGAGGUGAUGGAUAGCGGUACGGCCACGCCACCACAGGACUACCCAUCGUCAACAUCCAGCCAAUCAUCCCAUCAACACUAUCUGGAGUCGGCAAACUCUAGAAUCCACGUGGGAUGGGUGACGUCUCCAUAUGAGGCGAAAGAAGAGCUAGACACUGCGAUCAGUGGGCACUGUUCGCGUCUUGGAGAGGCAAAGUACACGUUUGUGGCUUUUCCAGUCGGCGGAGUGGUCCGCGGGUUUUGGAAACCGGUUGAGGGCGCUAAAAAUGAGCCUCCAGCCAUCCAAUUACCCGAUGUUCAGUUGGCUAAUAAUCUCUGGGAGACCUAUGUGACUGGCAGGACAUCACCCUGGAUCGAUUGUGAUUCUGAGGAUCCAAAAUUCGCGGAGAUUUCUGAGGAGAGUCUGAUCACAGAGCUCAAUUAUAUCGCUUAUAUGGGUCUCAACUCGAUGACGAUCCAGCUGAAUAGGAUCUCAUCUCCACGCACCGCGGCGCUUUUCAAUAAAUGGGUCUGGACGAGGAAUACGAGAUUUACCAUGUGGAUCCAGCUGCCUUCGUCGAUCGAACAAUGCGUGGACUUUGAUCCCCAAUCCACCCCCAAGAACAUGGACAUCUGGACAAUCUGGGCGAAUUUCCGACAGGGAUGCUAUAAUUUCAGUGGUGUCUACCUCCAAGCUAUGCUCAGAAUCGCUGGAGACCUCCCAGACGAAUUUGUCGAUACGAAAAGAGUGGAUCGGUGGAAGGCGGAGCCUCUGGGAGGGUUUGUGGUCGAAACUGAUGUCUAUGCAACCGAUAGGAAUGGAAUGGCGUCGUUGUCGAGUGCCCACAUCUCGUUCCUCCGUCAGCUCUGGUCCUCAGACGACCUUCGGAUCCUCGUCGACCCCAAAACGGACACGUUCCUCUACAACGUCACGCUGAAAGCCGAAUACGCCCUAGCUCUCCGUCAGGCUGUCCGUGACGUCAACUACAAGAGCAGCGAGUCAUCGACGACGUCGUUGGCAGUGUCCGAGUACAAGGAUGUCCUACAGGCGCCCCUCCAGCCCCUAUCCGAGAACUUGGAUUCGAGUGUGUACAAUGUGUUCGAGCAGGACAAGAUCAAGUACGACGCGUAUGGCGACGCUGUGAUGGGAGUGUUGAAGGAAUUGGGAGCCGAUGGACGCAGGGAGAUUGUCAUUUAUCUUCUGGGCGGUGGAAGAGGACCUAUUGGAACGACAAUCCUGCGCGCCGAGAAGGACUACAACACGAAAUUCCGUCAAAAGGGUGACCAUCUGAAAGUGAAGCUCUACAUCGUGGAGAAGAACGCGAACGCCAUCAUCACGCUUCGCUACAUGAACCACCGUACCUGGAGACGUCGUGUGACGAUCAUCGAGUCGGAUAUGAGAAGACUCCCGGAAAUCGCCCGAAAAAUGAACUAUCACCAGCCGGAUCUCAUCGUCUCCGAGUUGCUCGGAUCCAUUGGAGACAACGAGUUGAGCCCCGAGUGUUUGGAUGGGGUCACCGACUUUUUGAAGCCAGAAACCAUCUCCAUUCCCCAGAAGUAUAUCUCCUACGUGGCUCCGAUUAUGAGCAAUCAUAUCCAUCAGACGAUUCGAGCGCAGAGUAUCCCGUAUUUGGCGAGAGGACUCCCGAGUCAUGGAAGAUUGCAGCCGGAGUUGAAUGGCGAAGGAGCAUGGGUUCAGCUCUAUCCACAAGGCGACAUCAUCAAUAACAUGGACCAGAUCUACGUGGUCUUCCUGUCCAAAUACAUCUCGUUGAGUCGCCAAACCAAGGAAAUGUUCACAUUCCAACAUCCGAACUUCCAGCACUCGACCAAUGAGAGAUCCGCGUUCAUCGAGUUUCCAAUCGAUAGGAAUACUGAUAUCAUGGGAUUCGCCGGAUAUUUCGAUUUGCAUCUCUACAAGAAUGUGAUCCUCUCAACUGUACCGGAAACUCAUACUCCGGGAAUGAUGAGCUGGUUCCCGGCGUUGAUCCCACUGAGAGAGCAGUUGAGAGCGGACGAUGGAGACACGGUUGCGCUGAAAAUCAAUCGAAAAGUGGACCAGGGAGGUGUCUGGUACGAGUGGAGUGCACAGUUGAAGAAGCCCAACGGCGAGAUCAUUACGACGCCGAUUCAGAAUCCAAAUGGAGAGAGCUACUACAUGCGGAUGUAG